GGGGCGGAGCCGAGGGAUUUUUUUGGCAAGAAGCAAAAAUGGCGCCCAGCUCGAAAUCGGAGAAAGACGAGCAGAAACAAAAACAAAAACAGCAGCGAAAACAGAAAGAGCACGUCGUCAAAGUCCUCACACGGGGGAAGCUCUACGGCCAACUGUCCCAGCGACUUUUCCGGAAGCUUCCACCUCGCGUCUGUGUGCCACUGAAGACUAUAGUCAGUGAGGAGUUCCUCAGAGCAGGUCACAUCUUCUUAGGCUUUACGAAGUGCGGGCGCUACGUUUUGUCCUACACCAGCGACUGUGGCGAGGAUGACGAUUUCUCCUUCUACACAUACCACCUGUACUGGUGGGAGUUCAACCUGCACAGCCGCCUCAAACAGGUGCACCAUGUACGUUUGUUUGCAGGUGAAGAUAUCUACAGUGAACUGUAUCUGACUGUGUGCGAAUGGCACAAUGACCACUCUAAGAUCGUCAUUUUCGGCUUCAAUACACGCAGCAGCAGUUCAGCUUUGAUGAACAUGAUGAUGAGUGAUGAGAAUAACAGAGACAUUUACAUCACCAUCGCCUCCAUGCCUCCUGCCAAGCCCUGCCAGCAGUGCUGCCCUGUACCUACUGCAUCUACUAUACGCACAGGAGGAGAGUGUCUGGAGCACGGUUAUGUACUGAAUGCGCGUUAUCAGGUGGUCUAUCCGUUCCCCACCUUCCAGCCAGCUCUACAACUGAAGAAGGAUCAGGUCAUCCUUCUUAACACCAGCUACUCACUGGUGGCCUGUGCCAUCUCCCUCUGCUCUGGAGAGAAGCAGGAGAUGGAUGGGCAGAAUAAUCAAAUCUUGUACAGGAAGAGGGAGGCUCAUUCUUCCUCCUCUCUUCAUCCACCCAGCCCUUCAUCUUCAUCCUCAUCUUCCUCCUCUCAUGGGUCACCUGACCGCAGACAGGCCAAUCCCCACCCCACACCGCUCUCACCCAGCCGCUCUCAGGCCGCCGUGAGGGCGCGAGAGUUUGCAGCGGACAUUUUCCGCCGGGCGCAGGCAGCUGGGACGGAGGGAGAGAGUGAGCGGUGCAGAAGAGAAAACGAUGGAAAGGAGAAGGCAGAGGUGAAAGACCAAGGCUCACACAGGCCCUCUGGAGAAGCAGAGCGAAGAACAAGAGAGAAAGAGGACGAUAAAGUGAGCCUCCCAGGGCCGUCCACUUCAAGUGGGAACCAGAGUACGUCGUUGUCCACGGAGCAGGAAGACGCUAACACAGUCAUGUCUCCAGCGUCCACUUCCUCAGCCUCCUCGUUGUCACCUCGUGCUUCAUCGUCAUCCUCAUCAGAGCCUGGAUAUGUGAAUUACACGCGGCUCAGAUACAGACUCCAGCAGUCAGCGUCAUCAGAGCAGGAGAGCGAAGAAGAGGACGAUAAGGUUCAGCUGCCUUUCACCGUCUCGGACCUGAAGGGACGAAACCUGCAGCUGGUGACGGGACAUUACACCGGACAGUGUGUGUGCGUAGAGCAGUUAACUCUGGAUUUUGAGUAUCUGAUUAACGAGGUCAUCAGGAACGAUGCCGAGUGGGCCUCACAGUUCUGCUCUUUCAGCGACUAUGAUGUUGUCAUCCUAGAGGUUUGCCCGGAGACGAAUAUAGUGGUGAUAAACAUUGGUCUUCUGCUGCUGGCCUUCUCCAACUGUGAGGAGGAACACAGCAGGCCUAAAUCGUAUCAUUCCAGUCUGCAGGUCAGCUGGGAUCUGAAUACGGGGGCCUGCUGUACUGUGGGUGUCGGUGACCUCACAGAGGUCAAAGGUCAAACAAGUGGGAGUGUGUGGAGUUCUUACAGAAAAUCAUGUGUAAACACAGUUAUGAGGUGGCUCGUUCCUGAGAGUAGCUCUCGCUACAUCAACCGCAUGACCAAUGAAGCCCUGCACAAAGGCACUUCUCUUCAAGUACUUGCUGACAGCGACAGAGGCACAUGGAUCGUCCUCUGAGAAAACUCUUGAAUGACACAGUAACAAACAGGAAGAACCGUUUUUGGGGGGAAGAAGUCCAUUAAACCCCCAUAAGAAGUUUUCAGUCUUGCUUUUGAGGACCCCCCUUGUCCACUGUUUUGUUCUACCUUACUCCAGAUCCAGGUAAUCCAGGACUGUAGAACCCAGUGAGCUGUAAUUGUUGCUGCUACACAAUGGAAGCUGCACUAGACUGUACAGACUGUCAUACCAACCCAUGCUGCCCGUCUGUUAUCACAGCUGGAAUGAACAAAGUGUCUAAAGUUGUUUUAUAUACACUUUUAGUUGUAUUUUGUAUUAUUAUUUUUUUAGUGUGUCCUAUUUUUGUGCAUGUUCAGCUCAUAUAAGUUUUUCAUUCAGCUAACUUAAUGGGACUGUUUACCAUCAGUAUAAAUCAGGGACCUGUAAGUCAAUCUUGUUACCUUGGUUACCAAACCUCCAGCCACCUUUCUGUAGAUUUGAGUCCUAAACCCAGAUUUAAUACAACUUGACGUCUAUUAUUGAGGUCUUCUGGAUUGCUUGGUUGGUUCCUGUGAGUUAGCUUUAGUUUGAACCAAUCGAUGGUGACCAUUGAGACAAACAGGUCUCCUGGCUUUUAUUUUUAAGGGUGCAAUGUUUUCAAUGCAAAUUGCAUAUGAUUUGUAAGUGAUGAAAUUGGCCUCAAAUGACAUCAUUUUGAGUUUCGGUAAUACCCAAGAAAGUUCAAAUAGGUCCUUUUUAAACGUCCAAGAAAUAGAUGUGAACAGCCACCAGUUAGCAUGACACCAGUGCUGAUUAGUGGCUAUUCACUUUCAUUCAUCAUUAGCGACAUUAGCAACAAUUUUUGACGGAACUGACAUCUUUAGAGCAUCGGUUCUACUAUGUUUGUGUGAGUCAGAUGUUCUUUUUUUUUGUUAAUUCAUUAUUUACUGUUUUUACCACCGUCCAUAACAUUGUCUGAACUCUUGACCAGAUCGCUGAGAGAUAUUAUGAUCUGUAAGUAUGUUUGAACAGUAAGUCUUGUAAUGAAUUAAAUGGAGUCUGCAGAAGGUA